AUGAAAAAAAUUGGAGGGAUAAAGAUUAAAAAAGAAUCAUAUAAAUUGAGAGCGUUUGCAGAUGAUGUGGUACUUACCCUAGAAGACCCAUUAAAGGGAAUAGAAGUUCUGAUGCAUAAACUAAAAGAAUUUGGUGUAGUAGCAAGCUUUAAGGUUAAUAAACAGAAGACAAAGAUAUUAACAAAAAAUUUGAACUCCCAAGAUCAAUCAAAACUAAUAGAAAAAACAGGGUUUAAGAUUGAAAAGAAGCAAGUGAAAGAAUGUUUGAUAAUGAUUGCCAUUUGGCAAUUAAAUUAUGGGCAGGUCCACUACUCAAUUCCUGAGGAAGUCCAGAAAGGCUCUUAUGUGGGAAAUAUUGCAGAGGACCUGGGACUAGGAUCCAACGAAUUCUCAGACAGCAGAAUUCGCAUCAUUUCUGAAGGUAUGCUUCAAUAUUUUACCUUGAAUUUUAAGAAUGGGCAUUUAUAUGUCUCUGAAAGAAUAGACAGAGAUGAAAUAUGUGGGUGGGAAGAGAAGUGCAUUUUAAGUCUGGAAGUCCUUGUUGAAGACAAGGUGAAGUUGUUCAACAUUGAAAUUGAAAUCACAGAUAUAAAUGACAAUGCUCCAACUUUCAUGCAGGAGCUCUUAGAUCUAAAGAUAAGCGAAACUGCUAUUAUAGGGACCCAUUUCCUGUUACAAGAAGCCCAGGAUUCUGACAGUGGAGAUUAUUCACUUCUGAAUUACCAUCUGAGCAGCAGCAAACAUUUCUCCUUGAAAUUGCAGAGGACAUCUGAUAGGGACAAAUAUCCAGAACUUGUGCUAGAGAAAUCCUUGGACAGGGAAGAAGAAGCUAUCCACUUUCUAAUCCUCACAGCCACUGAUGGUGGACACCCAGCGAGGUCCGGCACUCUGCAGAUACGCGUGAUUGUUCUUGAUGCAAAUGACAAUGCACCCGUUUUCAAUCAGCCUCUUUAUAAAGUGAGCAUUUUGGAAAGUAUUCCCAUAGGUUCUGUACUGCUUACUGUAAAUGCUACAGAUGCAGAUGAAGAAACAAAUUCUGAGUUGACGUACUCAUUCCUGAAAAUAAAAGAGAAAGCAUCACAAGUCUUCCAAAUAAAUUCUAAAACUGGAGAAAUAUCAACAACAGGAAAGCUGGACUAUGAAGAAAAUGCAUUUUAUGAAAUAGAAGUUCAAGCAAAGGACAAUGGUGGUCUCUCCGAUAGGGCAAAAGUGUUGAUAAGGCUUAUUGACGUUAAUGACAAUGUUCCCAGGAUAGCAAUCACCACUGUUUUUAAUUCAAUCAGUGAAGGAAGCUCUCUAGGAACUGUGGUCGCUCUAUUGAACAUACAAGACAAAGAUAUUGGUGAGAAUGGAGAGGUCAUAUCUUCAAUUCCCACAACUCUUCCCUUCCAUUUAAAUAAAUCAUUUGAAAACUAUUACCAUUUGAUGAUAGACAGAACCCUUGACAGGGAAGAGAUAUCAAAUUAUGAUAUAACUAUUACUGCUACAGACAAAGGGAAUCCUCCAUUAUCAGCCACUGCAACAUUCUUUUUGGAAAUUUUGGAUAUAAAUGAUAAUGCCCCAGUCUUCAGUAAGACACAAUACAUUUCUUAUGUAACUGAGAAUAACCCAAGGGGUGAGUCUGUUUCCUACAUAAAAGCAUAUGAUCCUGACUUUAUGGAAAAUGCCACAGUCACUUUUUCAAUCAUUGAAGCAGGUAUCAGUGACUUUGCUCUUUCAUCCUACCUCUCCAUUAACUCUGAGACUGGGGUUGUCUAUGCCUUGAGCUCCUUUGAUUACGAAGAGUGUAAGGAGAUUAACUUCCAGGUCAAGGCCCAGGAUGGAGGCUCCCCACCACUCAGCUCCAAUAUCUCAGUAACUCUCUUCAUCCUGGACCAGAACGACAAUGCUCCUGAAAUCUUGUACCCCUCCCCUCCCACCGAUGGCUCCACUGGAAUAGAGCUGGCCCCUCGCUCCUCCGAGCCGGGUUACCUGGUCACUAAGGUGGUGGCAGUGGAUCAAGACUCUGGUCAAAAUGGCUGGCUCUCCUACCAGCUGAUUAAGGCCACUGAGCCAGGGCUCUUCACUGUGGGACUCCAUACUGGAGAGAUAAGGACUACCCGUUUCUUUCUGGACAAGGACGUUCUCAAGCAAAGCCUGGUGGUUUCAGUGAAGGACAAUGGGCAGCCAUCUCUCUCUGCCUCAGUCACUGUUACCGUAGUGCUGGCUGACAACAUCCCAGAAAUCCUCUCAGAUCUUAGCAGCAUCUCAGCUCCUGUAGCUCCACAGCCAGACCUCACCUUCUACCUGGUGAUUGCAGUGGCCUUUGUCUCUUGUCUGUUCUUCACCUUCCUCCUCGUGUUAUUGGCACUCAGACUGCGCAGGUGGAGAAAUGCUCAACUGUGUGACAAUGGAAGUGUGAACUUCAAUGGUGUUCCCGUUUCACAGUUUGUGGGCAUUGAUGGAGUCCGAGCAUUUCUUCAGUCUUAUUGCCAUGAGGUUUCAUUGACUUCAGGCUCUCGCAAAAGCCAAAUUCUUUUUCCAAUUGGAAGCUGUACAAAUACACUGAUACCACAGCAAGCUCCUGAUAAGACAGAUCCCUUGUUAGGAGCAGGUGACUCUAACGCCAUUAAGAAGGAGGCAACAGCAGACUUUCAGGUGAGCAUGUACAUUUCAAUAUUUCUUUUUAAUACUUAG